AUUGUAACCGGUAAACUUUGUUACCAUUUCACAAGCUGUUAUUCUAAUUGGAAACAGCACAGCCCUAAAUGCAACCCAGAAUCAUAUGUAAAAGAGAUCGUAUAUUACGAUAUUUAAAUUAACAAAAGUAAACGUUUGUAGCCAAAAGGGAAAUAAACCAAAACCCGAGCCAGGAUCUAUAAUUUAUUACAAUGGAAAUUGUAAACCCAUGCUAUUCAGUGAUCUCGAACUACGAGGUAAUGGAAUCUCUGAAAACUCUUAAGGACACCAAGAAAAAAUACGGGUUGCGGAAUUUAGCUACCAUAACGUAUGAGACAUUGCAGUAUCUUGAAGACUCGCCAUGCAAACAGCAAUCCCGUGAGACAAUUCAUAGUUUCCUGACUGAAGUGAGACACCUAAGCUGCAAACUGACCACCACAGAAUGCCUGAUGAUGGUCAAUGAUCCACCCACUAGUGCAUUACACAUUCAAUUGCUAAUCGAAGACAGUGAAGAACGUUUAACCGAAGAGCAAGUCAACGAACUUCUACAAACAGUCACUAAAUACUUUCCUAACAUACCCUCUCAGAAAAUAGUUGAAAAUAAACAAUUGGUAUUUUUUUCUACAAAUUCUGUUGUUAUUUUUAUUUAUUGGAAAUGCAUUUGACGCAGUCCAAGCAUCGUCUCUA